GGGAUUUUGGGAUUUUGGUUUCGAGUUUUUCAUAAAAUAAUUUGGGUUUUAUUUUAUUUGACUCAUUCAUUCCGAGUCUGACUAAAUUAUUGCAAAAUAUGGAGGAUUCUCAAAACGAGCCACUGCCUCCAGGCGUUCAGUCGUUGCAACCUCAUCAAGGCUUCUUCUACCCUCGUAUGAUGAGUUCACAAGCCCAGUAUAGUAAUUUCACUACAACUGCUCCUCAAUCUUUCCACCAACCACUUACACAGCCACAUGAUGGCUCAUCACAGAAUGCUGAUAUCACUCAAGAAGCUAACUCAUCAAUUCAUAAUGCAUUUGAUAUUCAUCUUGUCAAUGAAAAGCACAACCUCACACAUUCUCAUGGUGCUCUCCCUGCACCCACCAGAAGCUCCAGACUACAUGUUGAAAAUGCUAGCGAAAUUGAAACUGCUGCGCAAAAUGUGGUGUUGCAUGAACAAGAAAUUUCUACCCAAAAUAUCAUACGUAGUCAAAGAGAAGCAAGAGGUGUGGAUGAGUCUUCGAAGGAUAAUGUAGAUGUCUUCUCGGAACGCCUUGAUCCCAGCGCUCUAAAGGAGCAUCUACUGAAGAUGACCACGGAACAUCGAGCUCAAAUGGCUUCAAAACGUGGGAAGUCUACCCUUACUGGAGAAGGUAACAUAGAAAUCGGUAAUGGCUAUGGUGUACCAGGAGGAGGUGCUUAUUACAGUGCUCCAGGACCUAAUGUUACUACACCUAGAAAUCUGGGAGUUGGAAAUAGUGAGAUGGGUCAGAAGAAUUUUGAGUCUGACAAUAAACAGAAGUCUCCAGCUAAAGAAUUGCCAGAGUAUCUUAAGCAAAAGUUGAGAAAUAGGGGUAUUCUUAAAGAUGACUCAAGCAAAAGCAAUCUUAAGUUGAAAAGUAGUUCAACUCAACAGACGGAAUAUGGGAAAUUGCCUCCUGGAUGGGUGGAGGCAAAAGACCCUGCAAGUGGUGUUUUGUAUUAUUACAAUGAGGUCAGUGGCAAGAGUCAAUGGGAAAAGCCUGCUGAGACAUCUUCUGUUACACCACUUCCAUCACCUGUAUCUCUUCCAGAAGAUUGGGUGGAGGCUUUGGAUGAAACAACAGGUCACAAGUAUUACUACAAUACAAAGACACAUGUAUCACAAUGGAAACACCCUAAUUCGUCAGAGCAGGUUGCACUUGCAUCUCAACAUUUUGACAGCAUGGCUUCUAGAAAUCAUGCUAAUGUUAUUUGGGAUGGCCAAUCAGCCGAGGUACAAGCAGAGAAGGAUGAAUCAUCCAAAACAAAGAGAUGCAUGGGUUGCGGUGGAUGGGGACUAGGCCUUGUUCAGAUGUGGGGUUACUGCAAUCAUUGCACAAGAGUUCUUCAUCUUCCACAAAGCCAGUACUUGAUGACUAGUAUGCCUAACAAUCACCUGACCCAAGAUCCUGUAGAUAUCAAAGGAGAAUCCGACAGAAAGGCCCCCACACAGAGGUCCAAUUGGAAACCUCCAAUGGGAAAGGGAAAUAAAAGGGAAAGUAAGAAACGUUCUUACUCUGAGGAUGAGGAAUUGGAUCCUAUGGACCCUAGCUCAUAUUCAGAUGCUCCCCGUGGUGGCUGGGUUGUAGGCCUUAAAGGAGUGCAGCCACGAGCAGCUGAUACCACUGCCACAGGUCCUCUCUUCCAACAGCGUCCUUACCCAUCACCAGGUGCCGUCUUGAGAAAGAAUGCUGAAGUUGCUUCACAGACCAAGAAAUCAAGCUCGCAUUUUGCACCUAUAUCCAAAAGAGGGGACGGGAGUGAUGGACUUGGUGAUGCUGACUGAGAAAUUUGAGCAAUUUUGGUCUAUUUUGCAUGUCAGAUUACAGCUGCUUGCUGCUGCCAUACUAAGCUGGGUUGCAUAACUAGACAAUGACGAGCACAGACCUUGGAGUAAUGAUGCCCAUCUUUGAAGUCAAGUCAAGGGAAGACUGUCUCGUUGGGGUUGGAAAAUGCUGCUUAAUUUGCAAGCCUGGAUACAUUUAAAGAAGAAAAAAAAAACGCCGCUGUAUUCGUUUCUUCUAUUCGUCUCAUAGUAGUACCAGUAGGGUUUUAAAGUUCAAAGGUCUUCCUGUGAUCCCAAUUAGAAUGAAUAUGUAAAGCGAUGGUUGAGAGCAUUACCGUUCUGCAUAAUUGAAGCAUUUUUUAUGUCAUGAGGUUGAGGGCAUUGAAAUGGUCUAGUGUUAACAGCAUUUAGAAUAAUGCAUGCAACUUUCCUGCAAGUUUUGGUAAAUCUGUUUUGCUUUUAAAUGUUACCCUGUAAAAUAGAUACUGCAAUGUAUACGGAAUCUAGUGGAUUUUUUUAUUUUGAAUGUCGUUGAAA